GAAGUGUAGGCGGAAGAGGGCGCGGAGAGCGGCGGGAGGGAGUUUUGAGGGGUCCCCGGGAUGGAGCCCCCCCCGCAGGAGCCAGCGCCCCAGCCCAGUGCCAUGGACGCCCUGCACCAGGCUGGCAUCCACGCCGCCGUGGCCCUGCAGGCUGGGCCGCCCUGGCUGGAGCAGUUCUGGCUGCUGCUGAGCUCGCACCUGGGCCCCGGCUCCGUCUACACCGUGUGCUUCCCGCUGGCCCGCGGCUUGGACGAGCGCGUGUCCCUCAUGGUGCUCUGGACCGCCCUGCUGGCCGAGUGGCUCAACGUGGUGCUCAAGUGGUUCCUGUUCGGGGAGCGCCCGUACUGGUGGAUGCACGAGUCAGGGAUGGCUGAGCGGGAGCAGCUCCCCCUGCGCCAGUUCCCGAUCACCUGUGAGACGGGACCAGGGAGCCCCUCGGGGCACUGCAUGAUCCUGGGGGCGGCCCUGUGGCCCAUUGUCACCGCCCUGAGCGAGGCAGCGUCCAGGUGCAGCCGCAGCCGGCUGCUGAGGCUGCUCCCGUUCCUGCUCUACCUCCUCCUGCUGGCGGCCAUGGGGCUCUCCCGGAUCUUCCUCCUGGCCCAUUUCCCCCACCAGGUGAUCUCCGGCUCCCUGGCAGGGCUGGCUCUGGGCUGGGGGCUGCAGCGCUGGCCCCCCAACUUCCUCAAGGUUCGAUUCUUCCUGCUGACGGCUCUGGGGCUGCUGCUGAGCGCGCUGGCCCUGCACGGGCUGGCCACGGCCGCGGGGCUGGACCUGGACUGGUCCCUCCGCCGGGCCAGCUCCCGCUGCUCGGAGCCGGCGUGGCUGCGGCCCGAGACGCGGCCCUGGGCCUCGCUGUGCCGGGUGGGCGGCAGCGCGCUGGGGCUGGCCGUGGCCGCCUGGCUGCCCUUGAGCCGCCGCGCCGCCGAGGAGCUGCGGCUGCUGGAGCCGCCGCUGGGCAGCGCCGCGCUGGGGCUGCUGGCGCUCGACGUGCUGCACAAGCUGCCCAAGAGCGACAGCACCGCCCUGUGGUACCUGAACGUGGGGGCUCGCUACGCGCUGGGGCCCGUGCUGGUGGGCACGCUGCUGCCCCUGCUCAUCCUCACCCUGCGGCGGCUCCGCGAGACCCCCUAGAGCCCCCCCUCAGUGUCGGGGAGAGGGGGGGGUCUGCUCCCGGUUCACCCCCACCUGUACCGAGGACCCCCGGAUUGAGUGGGGGGUGUCUGCUCUGUUCCAGUUCAUGCCCACCCUCCCUUUCCUCCAGGGACCUUCAAAUUGAGUGGGGGGUCCCCACUCCUGUACCAGUUCAUCCUCACCUUUCAUUUCCUCCAGGACCCCCAGA